CAGAAUAUUAUACUUUCGCGGUGGAUUGGUGGAGUUUAGGAACCUUGAUUUACGAAAUGAUGUUUGGAAUAACUCCAUUUUGGGCAGAUGACCAGAACAGGAUGUAUCAACGUGUAUUAGAAGAUGAAUUGGAAUUUCCAGAUGAUAUUAUGUAUGAUGCAAUAAGUUUAUUACGAGGC